AUGGCCCGCGUGCAUGCGAUUGAAACCCGGAUUGAGAAACUUAGCCCAUCCAUCGAUGAAUACUUCACUUGUGGGUUCCUCAACCGCGAUGAGCUUCGGGAGGUGGUACGGCAGCGGCGGCACUGGGAGUACCGUUUGGUUGCGAAACCCCUGCUGCUUAUAGAUGUACAGGAUGCCGUGCGAUACGAGCUCGACCUGGAGCAGCGUCUACAGGUUUACUGUGAGUCUACCAAAGUCGAAUUAAAACAUCGCUGGAUUAUUAUGGAGCGUAUUGAAUACAUUUAUCGUGUCGGCCUGAAGCAUAUCAAGAAGAAAUCUGAAUGGGAAUUUAUUCGAAAAGAAUUUGUGACGUUUCUGAAGCGCCACCAUCGCCAUGGUUCACUCAGCAAACUGUACGGUGAGCUCAUGAUCAAAUAUCUCACUCGAAGUGAUUUGUGGGUGGAAGCGGCGCUCUGGGAAGCGGUAGGUUUAAACAACGUUCACAACGCCCGCUCUAUCAUUCAGCAAGCCUUAUUGACAAUGACCACCGAUCCGACGGUGUGGACGGCAGGAUUAAAGGUUGAGCUGCAUUUCGUUAACCACUCACUGAAGCGAUUCAUUGAAGAAUAUACUGGAGAAAAGCUGAUGAAGAAAGCCCGAAAGGAACCAUCACAUAGCCCUUUAAAAGGUUCUGCUGACGUUGGCGAAGAAAUGAACCCUGAUAAAAAGGCCGAACCGCGAAUCUCCGCCCAAAUGCGUGCUGAAGAUGAGCAUCUGUCUGAGAUAGUUCUUGACCUCGAACUUUGCAAGGUUAUUGUAGGAGAAGCUCUUCAAGGACCCGCAUUUAGCCCUAUUUUGGUUACGCAGCUACUGACCGCGGCGGGCGAGUUUCCAUUUACUAGGGAGCUGAUCCUCGUGAUUCUCAAAGACGGACAACAUCGAAUGCUUGAGGUGUUGGCAAGCGACCGCACCACCCAACGCGUUCGCACUGAGUGGCAAGAGGGCGGACUCUCAGCCGUUCUGCGACCUUUUAUCCUGACGGAACAUCUCUUAGUGAACGGGUACCUCGGCGCUCUCGUGGACUGCGCUACUUUUGUGGAUCAUGAGGGGGCCGUCCCCAAGCCCUCAUCCGAGGCUCGCCGCACCGCGACAAUGCGAUCUCUUGCCACAGUCCUUAUACUUGCGGUCCAAAGACCGCGAGGGAUUAUGAAUAUGACUGGGAACUUCACGGCAGUGGGGCAGCUACUGUGUACAUCCGCUCAUGAGUUAUUGGCCACUGUCAAGGGGCACUGCAGCCGUGGGGUCUCUCGGAUUUGCCUAACCCUCCUUAAAACGCAAACCAUAAGCGUGGAGGAGGUCGUUCGGUUACUCUUGAAUGUCAAGAGACUGAGCGAAAGGGAGAAAGUGACGUAUGUAGCCCAUGCGCACGAUCGUGUUCAGGAUCUUGAGCAGCUAGUGCGAGAUACCUUAGGGUUCACUGCCGCCUCACCCUCUUCAUCGCGCACGCCGUCCAUGGGGGAGCCGAAAACUAAUUCCAUCGACUUGCAUUGGCCGACCGAUUUGUUGAGCGAUCUCAUCGCCCCUGAGGAUCGCGCCGCUCUUUGGCAAUCUCGGGACCGCGCCAAAGGAUCGCCUGCGGCCUCAGAGACUCUCGAUGCGGGCGCUUUGGAUCGGUUUUUGCUCUGGCUUCGGCUGGAGGAGCGUGAACGACCUAGAGGCUCCAAAGCCGUGAGUACCAUCCCCGCGUCGCAGCGGAAGGCAAUUGAGAACUUUCUCAGCCAAUAUCGCCUGCUGCCGGCCUCAUCCUUUUCAGACAGCCUGAAAAAGAAUGACCCGGAUGACCGCAUCUUGUACCUUUUGUCGCGUAAACACACUCUUUCCUUUAGAGAUAGUCAGACCACUCCACUUAGGUUGUGGCGGCUGUUUAGCGCGUUGGAAACGUUGCAUCCACGAAAGCCUUCUUUAAAUGAGAGCACCAAGGAUGACGACGACGACGACGAUGACGAUGAUGAUAAUGAUGAUGACAAUAAAGGACACAAUAAUUCUUUGUCCUUCAAAAGUUUCGUCGAAGCUGGUCUGAAUUUUAUUGCUGGGAUGACCUACGCUUCUCUUAGUCGUGCAGAACAAUGGGAACGAGCUACCGGUAUUUGCACACUUGUUCGAAGUCGCUUUUACACAUUUACAGGACUUAAACGCUUUACACGGGAAGAUAUCCUUUCCUGGAUGCGCAAAACAGAAAAAGCUUCUUUGCAGGCUGAUGUGAAGAUGCUUUUCUGUGAAAUGUGUGACUUACUGCGUCCACCUAAUUCUCAAUUAGAUCGCUGCCAGCCGCUCCCUCGAUUCUGUUUUGUACACACGCUGCUUCCGUUUUUAGAGGCUCUUGUACUCUUUUACGAACGAAACAUGGAAAAUAAAAAGGAAAAAGAGGACGCUUUGUAUCAUGCACGCACAACACACGAACGAGUUAUUAAUAUCUAUCAACUUUCUAAUCAUCCAGAGGAUUUUAUUCCCCUUUUAUAUGACAGCGUUACGAAGGAUGUAAAAGACGUAAAAGCGUCUCACCAAGUUGUGGAAAGUCUUAAUACUAAUGAUUGGUUUUCUUUUGUGACCUUUGAGCGAGAAGUUGCGAAAGAUCUUAAUACAGCUCGGGUUGUCGCGGAGCGAGCGAGGCGCUGGGCGUUAGCACCCCAGCAGCUUCUCGUGAAGCUGAGUGGUGCCUGA